AUGGUUCGUGAUGGUAAAGGGCGUCAAAAGCCGAAAAAAGCAUCGCCUACUGUCACCCGCUUCUUCAAAAUCAUGGUCCACGACGACUAUUUAAAAGUUUUGUACUUGACUCCUGAUUUUGUUCAAAAAGAACCAAAUGUGAUUGGUAAACCAAGUUAUCUAGAGGACUCAACCAAGCAACUGUGGCCGGUAACGGUAUCAAUUGUUGAUGGUUACCCAGCCAUCCAGAAUGGAUGGCAUAAAUUCGCGGUAGACCAUAAUCUGGAAGUUGGAGCACUUUUGAUAUUCUCCUACACUAGGGGUUGUCACUUUGCCGUCCGCAUAUAUGGAAGAACUGGGUGUGAAAGAUUGAAAUUUAAGCCCGGAUCAAGUGCUUCAGUUGCGCCUGGGUCAGAAAUUCAGCAUGAUCAAAAUCUUUCAAAAGGUCAAGGGAAAAAGGGGCAGACUGGGGAAAAGGUUAGACUGGGGAAAAGGUCAAGGGAAGAAGAAAAAAAAACAAUUACUCCGGAUGGACCACUUCGAACACUUAAAAAAAAUCCAAGGGGUAAGCCCGGAUCAAGAAUUUUAGUUGCAUCUGGAUCAGAAUUUCAGCACGAUCAAAGGGUUCCAAAACCACCAGCUGCUUCAAAUUAUGGUAGUCACUUUGAAAAGAGGCAUUUUUCUCCGACAAAUAUAAUCAUGGAUUAUUCAGUUAUUAUGCUCAACAGUCAUACUGGAUACAAUCAAGGAGAAGAUAGAGCCUAUUUAAAAGACUUGUCAACAAUCGAAACGGGGAGAAACGAAUCUGAUCCCAAUAAAAGCAAGAUGUCUUCUCUAGGUGGAGAAACAGUUCCUGAUAAGAUUGAAUCAACCGUUAAUGAAAUUCAAAUGGCCGAGAAUGAGAAAGAUUGUAUUAUUGACCAUUAUAAUGAUGUUUUCGGCUCUUUUCCAACAGAGUCUGCUGAAAAUAGAAAAAUUAGAAAGGACACAUCAAAUGACGAGAGAAAAAAUGCAGUUCAAGAUAAUGAAGCUCUGUCUUUAGGUGGUGGUCAAAUAGCUGGAAGCGAGGGUGCUGUGGUUCCCAAGUAUUAUGACUGUUCAGUCUCCUAUUCCUUGGUCAAGGAUCCAUCAGGUGGGCAAACGGUAGAUGUUAAGGAAAAGCUAGUUGAGAUGGGAGAGGUAGCUUUUGGUCUUCCUCAAACUGUUAGUGGAAAAGAUCAAAACAUGGCAACUGAAUGUGCUCCAAUGCCUCUGCAAGCCGUGAAAGAUAUCAACAUCAUCGUAAAAACAGAACCUGCUAUACAAUCUUACCAGGACUUGCCGAUAUCUUAUCCACCAAUUGGAGGAAAAGAUGAGGGUGGGGACAAGCAGCUUAUCUUCCUUAGAGAUUCAGUUGGCAGACUCUGGCCUGUUAUGCGCUACUCUGACACAUUGGGUGUUACUAAAUUUUUAGGUGGAUGGAAACAGUUUUGUAAGGAAAAUAAUAUUCAGCCAGGCAAUAUAUGUGACCUUAAAUGUGAAAAUAGCGUUCAGCACAUCUAUACCGUCAUUUGA